AUGCUCCGAAACAUGCUGCAGAUAGCCGUUAUUGCUGCGUUGUUGGUUAUUUCUACAGAAGCAUACACUCGAGCGGAGCUCAGGGCCUGUGUUGUUGGUCACAGUCUCAUCCCACUCAUGGGAAAAUAUCGGGUCUGUUGUACCUACCCGGAGUGGAUGUGUGGCUCAAAAAUGGCUUAUGGUUCCGGUGCAACAUGGAGCGAGGCUGCAGAGACCGCCGGCAAAUCAAACGGAGUUAACUGGUUCUGUAGGCUUUUCGCCACCUGUGAGGGUGUUGAGAGCAUCAUGGGUUAG